UCUUGUCAUUUUUCUGUGAUGGUGAUGCUUGUUCGUUGCGUAGAUUAUACUUACAAAUAAUUAUUAGUUCUUAUUAAAAUGGCUGAUACAGGGCUCCGUAUGAAUUUCGCCGCACUCAAAAGAGCGGAUCCUUACGCAAGGGAAAUAAUUGACAGUGCAACGCAUGUCGCACUUUAUACAUUUGAAGAAAACGAAUGGGAAAAAACCAACAUCGAAGGUGCUUUGUUUGUGUACAGUAGAAAUGGAGAGCCAUAUCAUAGUUUAGUUAUAAUGAACAGAUUGAAUACUAAUAACUUAAUCGAGCCGGUAUCGAAAGGUAUUGAAUUGCAAUUGAAAGAACCUUUUUUAUUGUAUAGAAAUGCAAAAUGUCGAAUUUAUGGUAUCUGGUUUUACGAUAAAGAUGAGUGUGUAAGAGUUGCCACGAAACUAAAUUCUUUAGUAAAAGAUUCUUUGAAAGGUCCGAACGAUAUUCCUCAAACACCAGUGUACAGCGCACCAGCGAAAUCUAGCGCUCCUGUCGACAUAUUCAGUAUGUUAAGUAAGGCGCAGGACGACUUCAAUUCUAACAAAGGUAUGGCAUCAAACAAAACCGAUUUGACGCCAUCGCGAGCCCCGGAUAUGGCAUCACAAAGCGUUAUGGAUUUUUUCGCUAAAGCUGGCAGUGGGGCUGCAGCUCAAAUGCCGGCAGUUUCCUCAUUGCCUUCACCCGGUAUAUUUGGGCCACGACCGAGUGAUGCGCGCGAGGCACCCUUGUUACUCCAGAGACUGAUGAGUAAUCCCGCUCAUUCUGUGGAGCAUAUAGAAAAGCAGCAGAGAUCUGUUACACCGCAAGAUGCUCAUUCUACUAAUGGAAAUAUAUCCAUCGAUCCAGUGAUGUGUCAGAAUAGUGGAUUCCAAAUGAAAUCAACUCCCAUCGAUAAACAAAACCAACAGAGGAUACCUAACCUGAAGAAUGUGCAACAAAUUGAAGGUGAUAUGAAUGGCCCUAACCCUUUAGAAAACGAGUUAAACUUAAUGCAUAUUUCUUCACCUAAACCAUCAUCUCCGCUGGCAUCUUACCUGAGUCAGUCACAAGAUAUAGUUCAUGCUGCUAAUUCAUAUAAUGGUGGUAAAUUAGAGGACUUAGGGUUAACUCCAAUAAUGAAUUCAUUCCCUAACCAGCCAAAACCAGCAUUGAUGCCACCAACAAUGUUUACAGCAACAACAGGUUGUGACAUUCAGUCUACUCCAGAGCCUUUGACUAGGAAUCAACUUCUCCAAGCUUUCAAUUAUCUACUCAAACAUGACGCAGACUUCGUAAAUAAGCUUCAUGAAGCCUAUGUAAAAUCUUUCUCAGAAAAAGCUUUCUCUGUUUCAUAAAAAUUAUCUUUUGUUGACUUUGCCACUGACAUUGUCAGGAUACAUGUACAGCUCUAACUUAAUAUGAAAUCCUCUAAAAUGUUGUGUAGAUCCCAUAGAUUCUUAGUGAAUGGUUUGAACCUAAUAUUUUUGAAUAAGUUUUAAACCUUUGACUGUGUCAUGAAAUCUGUACAGAGAAUUAAUAUUAGCGACUCAGUUUAGUUUGGACAAGUCACAUAAUUGAUGAUUGAAACUUAUUUGUGAUAUUAUCAUUGGCUUUAUAAUGUUAUUUUCAUUUAUUGCAGUCGAUGCAGUGUUUUCGAAUGUGUUCUUUGCUUUGUUGUAAGUAAUAAAAGUUCCGAGGUGCUUUUUAUUCUUAUAUUGCAUCAGCAUUGAAUAUUGUAAUGUUAUUCUGAAACCUUUUCAUUUCAUAGCUUAUUUGUUGAUCUUUUUGUUCAAAUAAAUUAAACCCUGCAUUGGACUGCAGUAUUUAUUAUUUGAAACAAUUUAUUGCCUACUUAGCUUAGUUUCAUUGCAAUAUUUAUGGUUAAAUAACUUUUGUGUGACAUAUUUCUAAAGAUACAGUAAAGUAUUUAAGGACUUAUGCAAUGAUUUUUGAGAAUUAAGGACAUCUUUUUGACAUUGAACAUUGUAUUUUUUAUGAGGACUGCAAACAAUUUGUUUUUAUUUUUUUAUGUUCAUGUUGAGACAUCUGUGCAACAUAGGUUAUGUUGUCACAUACCAUGUGAAGAAUAAAAUAUUGGCUAGUAAAAAUCUUUUUCUUUUUAUUAAAUAGAUAGAAUUAUAUUCUAUCAAAGUUGGAAACAUUUAAAAGUAAAUGGAUUUCCUAAGCUUUUUUUGCUAUAAAUGUAUAUUUUUGAAAAAAUUGUAAUCCUUGUUGAAAUACUAUGAAUUGGAAAAUUGACUGAGCAUACAUUGCUCAUUAUUGUUAUUGUAAAGGAGCAUCUAUAAAAAAAUAAAUUUAUUUACCAGAAAAAUGGAAAUGCAUAGAAUACUGUUUAAAUAUCAAAAUUAUUAAAUAGAAAUUUGUUCAUUUAGAAAUUAUUUUACCAUAGUGUAAAAAACAGAUAUUACGUAUAUUUUAUCUAUUAUUUUAUAUACGCUCCUAUUCGAAAUGAAAUGUAAACGUGAAGACAAAUCGGAAAUGCAGUCUCAAAUUAAAUAGUUCUGAAGA